GUUGCUGAGCUGGGAUGUGAUGGUGAUGACGAAGUGAAAAUGGCGGAUCUUUCGAAAUCCUAUCCCGGCCCCUGACAUACCAGAGACAGCAGCUCAACAGCCCGAAGAGGCUCCCCCUUGCCUUGCCUGCUGCUGCCAGAAGCCUCCCUCUUCCUCGCUUCCUCCUGGUCUUGACUCAACCGCCUCCCAGCUAUUCAAAACACUUCGAGGGGGGAAGCCCCCCCCUUUCCUUCCAAGGCUGGAACUUAGCAGCACUGGAUGACUGCGCCCCAGAGAGAGGGUGAGAGAGACGCACCAGGGCCCCGGCUGCAGGAGAUCAGGGAAAAUUGUGGCAUACCAGUUUGGAAAUUGAAGAGAUUGCCUUUCCCUAAGAGAGCUGGUGCUUAUCUUUGGAUGCAUCGAUGGUGCUGUGUUAUAUUGCUGCAGGAGGUGGUCUGAUGUAAAACAGGGUUUAAAACAAAUUCAGCGCCUUGUCUUUGGUUCUCCAUCGACGUUUCCAGCAUGGAGGUGGUGUCAGCAGAGGUGAACAGCUUGCUCCCGGAGGAGAUAAUGGACACGGGGAUGACGCUGGAGGACGAUGAGAACAUCGAGGCUGUUAUUGUGUCAUCUCCCAUGGGCGACUCCAUUCCCAUGGAAACGGAGCUCGAAGAAGUGGCCAAUAUAAGCUCAGUGAGAGACUCUACAGCGGCCUCGUCCUCCAUCACCGCAGAGACUGUGACCGUGUCCAGCAACUGCAUGAGCCAAGUCGUGGGCAAUACUGCCAUUGCAAAAAUCGACCCUGGUGCUGCUCCGCCCUCUUCCUUCCAGAGCGGCCUCCAAAAGCUCGGCGCUCCAACUCCCGUCACCAUCUCAGCGAACCAGAUAAUUCUAAACAAGGCGACUGACCUGAAAAUUGGCAACCAGACAAUAAAACAGGAAGGUCAGAAGCUCAUUGUCACAGCUCUGGGGAAGCCCGGGCAACCCAUUGUCUUGGCCCUGCCCCACAGCCAGCUGCCCCCGUCUCAGAAAGCCCCGUCCCAAGCACAAGCGAGCGACUCCAAAGUUCCCACGCAGCAGUUCAAAGUGGUGACGAUCGGAGGAAGGCCGGAGGUGAAGCCUGUGAUUAGCGUUUCGUCCUUGACUACGGCAAGCCAGCUGGUCAGCCCUGCCACCCAGUCCUCAGUGCUGCAGACCCAGCAGUUAAAAGCCGUGCAGAUCGCAAAGAAAACCAGAACACCCACCUCCGCACCAGUGAUCACCAAGCUGAUCUUCACAAAACCAAUCAACAGCAAAGCUGUAACAGGGCAGACAACUCAAGUGUCACCAAUCAUUGCAGGUAGAGUUCUGUCGCAGACUAAUCCAGGAACACCUCCCAAAACUGUAACCAUCUCGGAAAGCGGAGUUAUCGGGACUACAUUAAGUUCUACUAUACAGCAGACACAAAAUAAAAUCGCUAUCUCCCCCCUGAAAUCUCCUAACAAGCUAACAGUGGUGUCAGUCGCUUCUCAGCCUCCAAAUUCCCCUCAGAAAGCGGUCAGCGUUCCUCUCAACGUAGCCCUGGGGCAGCAGAUUCUCACAGUGCAACAUUCAACGCCCACUUCACCAGGCAAGGCGGUAACUAACAAUACAACCGCUCAGCAGGCGGUGAAAUCUGCAGUACAGACCCUCACUGUGGGGGGAGUGAAUACACCUCAGUUUAAAACCAUCAUUCCCUUGGCGACGGCAUCAAAUGUCCAGCAGAUCCAAGUACCCGGAAGCAAGUUCCAUUAUGUCCGGCUUGUCACGGCCACCACAGCCAACAGCUCAGCACAGCCAGUAGCUCAGAAUCCCAGCGCCAGCACCGCUUCCCUGCAGCAAGCCAAGCCAAUGGUGGUGAAUGCAACCCCCGUGCGGAUGUCUGUUCCAAUCGUACCAGCGGCUCAGACUGUCAAACAAGUGGCACCCAAACCACUGAACACAACUUCGCAGAUAGUUACCACAAGCCAGCCACAGCAGAGACUUAUUAUGCCUGCCACACAACUGCCGCAGAUCCAACCAAACCUUACCAACCUUCCUCCAGGCACCGUGUUGGCCCCAGCCCCCGGCACAGGAAACAUGGGAUAUGCAGUUCUCCCGGCUCAGUAUGUCACACAGCUACAGCAAUCCUCCUAUGUAUCCAUAGCCAGCAACACCGGCCUCAGUGGGACAUCAAGCAUCCAAACCCAAGCUCGACUGCCAUUUAAUGGAAUAAUAUCCUCCGAGUCUGCAAAUCGGCCCCGAAAACCGUGCAAUUGCACCAAAUCCUUGUGUCUGAAGUUGUACUGUGACUGCUUUGCCAAUGGUGAGUUCUGCAACAACUGCAACUGUACGAAUUGUUACAAUAACCUGGACCAUGAAAACGAGAGGCAAAAGGCAAUCAAGGCCUGCCUUGACAGAAACCCUGAGGCGUUCAAGCCCAAAAUAGGGAAGGGAAAGGAAGGCGAAUCGGACAGGCGGCACAGCAAAGGUUGCAACUGCAAGAGGUCCGGGUGCCUCAAAAACUAUUGUGAAUGCUAUGAGGCAAAGAUCAUGUGCUCCUCAAUUUGUAAAUGUAUCGGCUGCAAGAACUUCGAAGAAAGCCCCGAGCGGAAGACGUUAAUGCACUUGGCAGAUGCGGCUGAAGUGCGAGUCCAGCAACAAACGGCUGCCAAGACGAAGCUGUCCUCACAGAUUUCAGACCUGCUUAGGCCGGCACCAGUGCUGUCCAGUGGAGGGGGAAAGUUGCCGUUCACAUUUGUCACCAAGGAGGUUGCUGACGCAACGUGCGACUGUUUACUUGCACAAGCCGAGCAGGCCGAGAAAGCCGGGAAGUCGAAAGCGAUGGUGGAACGGAUGAUCCUGGAGGAAUUUGGACGUUGCCUGAUGAGAAUCAUUAACACGGCAGGAAAGUCUAAAAGUGACGCUUGUGCCAUGAAUUGCUGACUGUCUCGAAAACGAGCCGCUGUCUGAACUGGGGGGACACUAAAAGGCACAGAGACACUUUCUGGUUCACAGCAGCUGAUAAUAGUGAUAGUUUUUCAUUCUUAAUUUGGUGCUGCUUAGUUUGCAUUGGCUUAUGUUAAUGUCGAACCAAGAGACCUCUAUAAUAAUGAGUACCUUUUUAAGCUGAACUUUCUUCCACCCGGCUUCUAAACUGUGGAGCAGUGGAUUUCUUCUGUCUCUUUUAGAAAAAGGUUCUUCAAGCAAUCUUUUAAAUUGUUAUUUGAAAUUUUAGUGUUGAAUUGGUAUGGGAAAGGAGUGGGGGAAUAAGGCAUCAAUACAGUCCUUCCAUCAGGAGCAUUUCCCCUGGACGCCCCAAAACAAAACAACAAUAUUGUACAGAUACUUCCAAUGGAAUUGAUUGGGAUCGCAGUGCAAAUUUGGCUUUGCAUCAGAAUCAGUAGUCUGUGGGUUUCCUGAUGCUGAAAGCGGAGGAAAAACUUUUUCCUAAAAGCAUUUCAGGAAGGUAUGCAAAUCUCGAGGAUUGUCUUGCUAGCCACAGUUCUGAUUUCAUGGGGAACAGAGUUAGUAGGAACACCACAAUGAGCUUUACUUUAAGAAUAACACAUUUGCAGAACUAGGUGCAGAGAUUCACUACAAAUCAAGGUCAAAACUAGCAAUCAGCCUGAAAUAUCAUAGAACAAUCUUAAAUGUACCAUUCCAGGUUGUAAUAAGCUGCUUCCUUGCCGGUUCCGAGAGAUCAAUAUAUGGCUUGUUUUGACUGAUUUUAUCUCCCAGACAUUCCUCAGUAUUCUAAAUGACAGAAGUAAAAAAACGUGUCAAGAAUUGAGUUAUUAUCCUGGUAGCAGCCAGUAAACUGACAGUCAUCCCCAGUAGAUCAUCUAGUAGCAUAAUUCUAGUUUCCUUCGCAAUGUGUAACUUAAUAUGUACUUAAAUAUUGUUGCAUAAAGUUUAGAAGAUUUUCAGAUCUUCUAAACUGUAUGCACUUCAACAAUAUUUAAGUAGGGAAAAAAUCCUCACAUCUUUUUUCCAGCUCUCCAACAUAAAUGUGCAGAGGUAAACGAUGUUUGGGAAUUUUGCAUGCCAUUCAAAUCCAUAUUUUCCAGGAAGACCCUUUCUUCUAACGCUGCUGCAUAAAUGAACACACGUCAGUGAUGUUUGGGGAUCUUCCACACCAUUCAAAAGAAGUCUUUUCCAAGGGGACCCUUUUUUAAAAUUAAUUCACAGGGGACAAAGCAUAAGGUAAAUCAACAGUCCAGUUAUUUUACUUAUUGGGUAGCCCUUAAUCAACUCUCCAUAGAUACUGGCCGAGAUCUUGAAAAAGAAGUCCACACAACUAGUUGUGUUCACCCAAGAGUUGCCCCUUGAGUUCCUUAAAUAGAAUUUUACACAGGAAAGCAUUUUUGAAACUGAGAGGAAACUUCCUGAGAUGGUCAGUGAUAUAGCAUAGGGGUUGGAGGGAGUGGGGCUUCUUUUUAAAGAAGCAAAUAAAAGGUCUAUGUGGAAUGUAGCUGAAGGAAACUCUGGAUCCUGGCCACCUUUGGUGGGAAUGCACAGAAAUGGCUUCAAGGGUUGCGAUGAUUCUAAUUUGCAGGAGCUGCGCUCAUGUGUUGUUUUAAGUUGUGCAAAGUGAGGAGCUGAGAGGGCAGUUUUUAAGCAAGAGUUUUUAACGGUGGUGAUAUUUGUAAAGCAAACUGCACGGACCCUUUUGUGCCCAUGUAUGUCCUGCAAAAUGUAUCAGACUUGGGAAAACCAGAUGUUCUGAGGUGACCCUAGAUACAGUACAAAUUGGAACAUGGAUGACCAGAGUGGGUGAGAACCGGAAUUGCAUGUAAUUGCCAUGCAUAUAUUUCAGCAGAAAGCAACCAGAUCUUACUUAGGAGGCAUUAACAGAGAGGUGUUCAAACCUAGCUGCUGCUUGAUAGAAGAAUGUUAAAGCUGGCCACCUCUCUGAUACCCCCUCAAGUUAACUUAUAUUUUAAAAAUAAAUUUUAGCCACUGAAUGUUUCAGCCUGACAAUGCGGACAUAACGGAACAUAUCGGACCUCUUGGUGGAACAGAAAGAGAAGGAAACGUCAUUGCUAGGGAUGAAGAUUGCUAGAAGUAACCCCUUUCUAACGAAUCUUAUUAAAACGUUAACACAGUUACGUGGAGCUUUUUAGCGCAGCAAAUUGUUCAGGGUCUCCUGAAUUGGAUGUAAGCCCUCGCAUCUGAAUUGGCAGACGCUUGCUGGAUAUCUUUGUAAUUACAAUACCACAGGUCUUUUGUUCUAAAAGGGACAUUUUCUCUGUGUUAACUAUACACAUAUAUGCUAUUAUGGAACUGUGUAAGUAUACACAUAGCAGGAUUGCAUAGUUGUGCACACCAUCCUGAAAAGGGAGCGGUGGUUCAUUUUAGCAGAAUUGUUUUAUAAUUAGAACUCUCACUUGAGGGUGCAAAGUCAGUGCAUUACUAUUCAGAGUAGAUGAUGAGGACUCACCUUUUACUGAUACCAUACACGUCGGUAUAAUAGGAGCUGUAUAAAUGUAAAUUAGUGUAAGUGGAUAAAUAAUACUUGAUCAAGUUAUUUUUCAAACAGAUCGCAACGCGCAUCCUUUUUCGUCUAGAACUAAAAUCCGUGCUUACUUUUUUUGUAAAUAUUCUGUGUCUUAUUCUAACUUGCACCUUUUUUUGUGAUGUGUAUUUAUAAGCGUGCAGAAAACCUUUUGUGGAGUUUGGAUUCCUGUUGUAGAUUAUGUAUGACGGAAUGGCGUGUAAAGAUUUGAAGAAGGUGCAAUCAAAGAUCUAGUUUUCUGGCUCUCUUGGAACAAGCUUCCUUUACUGUUUAGCUUGACUCUCUCUCUCCCCCCCUCCCCCACCCCCGGCCUUUUGCAUGAAAUUGCUGAAGAAAAUAGUAAAAACACAUCAAGAUGUUGUGAGCAGUUCAUGAGGCGCACCUGUGGCGUAUCCUCUCCAUUUCAUUAGAGCAGAUGCGGAAUCCCUCCAAAAGCCCCAAUAGAAACAUUUCUGCUUCUUGGUCAGACCCAUUGUCAGUAGAGUUUGGGAGGGGGAGAAGAAGGGUGCUUGGGGUUAAUUUUCUAGUUCUGGUUUACAUCUAAAAAUAGAUUUAAAUUUAUAUUUACUAGACCUAUUCAGAGAUUACACUUUUCUAUAUUGUAAAAAAACAGAACUGUCAGAUAAAUCACAAAGAAAAAAAAAUAAAACCUUUAUACUAUUCUGUA